AGUUCUGGCGACGCUUCGGAAAUAACCAGUACUGGGACGGCGGCUGAUCGUGAGUAACGUCCCACUACUGUCUCCGUCUACCCAAGAAAUCCAGUGACAGUGGGGAAUUAUUGGAUCUUUCUCUAGAUAGCCAUGGUGAAUCAAGUGCAGCGGGUGGAUGGCAGCUUUCAGGCCUCAAAGAGCGACUCGAGCGGGGCCAGCAACAGCGGCGGCGAGAGCUCCAAGGACAGCUCGCGCUGCUCGACGCCCGUGCUGGACGCCGACCGCACAGACCGGCUGCGCGACAAGAUGCGCCGGCGCAUGGAGUCUGGGGACCGCUGGUUCUCCUUGGAGUUCUUCCCGCCGCGAACUUCCAACGGGGCCGUCAACCUCAUCUCCAGGUUUGAUCGCAUGGGCUCAGGUGGGCCGCUCUUCAUCGACGUCACCUGGCACCCUGCAGGGGACCCGGGAUCCGACAAGGAGACAUCUUCCAUGAUGAUCGCCAGCACCGCCGUCAACUACUGCGGCCUGGAGAGCAUCCUGCACCUGACCUGUGCCAACCAGACCAAAGAGCAGAUCACGGGCCACCUGGCCAAAGCCAAACGGCUGGGCCUCAAGAACAUCAUGGCCCUCCGCGGAGAUCCCGUGGCAGAUGUGUGGGAGGAAGAGGAAUGUGGCUUCAACUAUGCCACCGAUCUAGUCAAACACAUACGCUGGGAAUUUGACGAUUACUUUGACAUCUGUGUCGCUGGAUACCCCACGGGUCACCCUGAAGCAGAGAGUUAUGAGGUGGACCUGAAACACCUGAAGGAGAAGGUGGACGCCGGAGCAGACUUCAUCAUCACGCAGCUCUUCUUCCGGGCCGAAUCCUUCCUCAAGUUUGUCAAGGAUUGUAGGGCUAUUGGAAUUACAUGUCCCAUCCUGCCCGGAAUCUUUCCUAUCCAGGGUUACCAGUCUCUGCGGCAGCUAGUGAAGCUGUCGAAGCUGGAGGUGCCUGAGGAAAUCACAAGCGUCAUCGAGCCCAUAAGAGACAACGAUGCCGCCAUCCGUAACUACGGCAUCCAGCACGCGGUGGGCAUGUGCAGGGUGCUGCUGGAGACCGGCGAUGUGCCCGGCCUACACUUCUACACCCUUAACCGGGAGGUGGCUACGAUGGAGGUCCUGAAGCAGCUCGGUCUGUGGAUCGAAGAUCCCAGGCGACCCCUUCCCUGGGCACUCAGUGCAAACCCCAAGCGCAAGGUGGAGGAUGUUCGGCCGAUCUUCUGGGCCUCCAGGCCUAAGAGCUACAUCUAUAGGACCCAGGACUGGGACGAGUUCCCCAACGGGAGGUGGGGUAACUCGUCCUCUCCUGCCUUUGGUGAACUGAAUGACUAUUACCUCUUCUACCUGAAGAGCAAGUCCUCCAAAGAUGACCUGCUGAAGAUGUGGGGAGAAGAGCUAAUGAAUGAAGAGAGUGUCUUUGAAGUGUUCACCAAUUACAUCACGGGGCAGCCUAAUCACUGCGGACACAAGGUGAUGUGUUUGCCAUGGAACGACGACCCCUUGGCACCUGAGACCAACUUGCUGAAGGAUGAGCUGGAAAAGGUGAAUCGCCGUGGUAUCCUGACCAUCAACUCCCAGCCCAACAUCAACGGGAAGCCCUCCUCUGAUCCCAUUGUGGGCUGGGGACCACCUGGAGGAUACGUCUUCCAGAAGGCGUAUCUGGAGUUCUUCACAUCUAGCGAGAACGUGACUGCUCUUCUUAAAGUGCUGAAAAAAUACGAGCCGCGUGUGAACUACCACAUCGUUAAUGUCCAGGGUAAAAAUACCACCAACGCCCCGGACCUGCAGCCUAAUGCUGUGACUUGGGGCAUCUUCCCAGGGAGAGAGAUCGUUCAGCCCACUGUGGUGGAUCCAGUCAGCUUUAUGUACUGGAAGGAUGAAGCCUUUGGCCUUUGGAUUGAGCAGUGGGCCAAGCUGUACGAGGAGGAAUCGCCGUCCCGCAUGAUCAUCCAGUACAUCCACGACAACUACUAUCUGGUCAAUCUGGUAGACAAUGACUUUCCCUUGGACAGCUGCCUGUCGCAGGUCAUUGACGAUAUGUUUGAGCUAUUAGACGCACCAUUGGAAGCCAUGGAAUAGCACAUGCCUCGCAAACACCUACGCUGCAAUGAGGGCAGGGCUGGCGAACCAGGUCCAUGGAGAGCCGCUCCGGGUGCGGGUUUUUGGGAUGACCUCUCAGCCAGCCGAUCACAGUGGGUCCCCAGGACUGGAGCUGAGAACUGCUGCUUUAUUACUGGCUGAUUGAGAGGCCAUCCCAAAAACCUGCACCCACACUGGCUCUCCAUGGAUCAGGUUCACAAACAUCUACAAACUAUUACAGUGGAAUAUUUAUGUGUCAAGUAUACAAUGUAUACUUUUAUCUAUUUAAAAAAUCAGGCUUAAUGUAGGAUUUUAAAAGGGAGCAAUAGCUGGUUUGGAUUGAAUGAAGACUGCUCUUUUAGACGUCAGAGUGAGAUGUUUGUACUUGACUCAAUAUUUUAACAAUAUCAUGCCUUAAAUACAAAAUUUCAUGGUGUUUUACAGGAAGCUACUCGAGUCACACUGUGCAUUACUUGUGGUUAUUUGCUAUAUACCUCAUUACAUAUAGUGCCAAAGCAGAAUAGUAUAAUAUCCCCAAAGUUGUGGUUGAAAACUUAAACUAUAACUGCAGGAUUUGUUCUGUAUAUUUUUAUCAGCUUUUGUAUUUUUAUUUUGACGUAUUUAUUGUUGCUGUGAUGCUACGUAAAUAGCAAUGAAUAACGUGUGUGUGGUCUCUUUCGUGUUUAAAAGUUAAUGUAAUGGCGAAAGUCGCAAAUGAGUAAAUGUGUUAGAAGCUGAGUCCAUAGAGUCUUA